AAAUAUAUCAUGAAUACCUUCUCUUUAAUCUAAUUUUCAUUUUAUAAGACACAAAAAAAUAUAAUGUAGCCUGCUGCAUGUUAAUUGUAUCUUAUUUUGGAAGUGUGAUUGUCACAUCCUGGAAGUGACGUAGCUUUCUGUGGCCUUAACGACCGUCGGUGUUAUUUAGACCUUAGACAGAAGCACCUCUGUUGUUUACCUUCCUGUAUUCACGGUAUGAUUUGUGUAAUCAGUGCUUUCGUGUCGUUUUAAAUUAAUGAUCUGAAUAUCUCGUAAGACAGAUAACGUUAUUAUCCCGUUAAACUGCAAGAAAACAGCUCAAUCUGCAGGGUGAUUGACAUGAUUCCAGUAGUGGUGGUCCAUGGAGGGGCGGGUCAUAUCCCAAAGGAGCGGUCAGAAAAGUCCACUUCGGGGGUGUGCUCGGCAGCCCGAGCAGGGAACACCAUCCUCCGGGGAGGCGGCAGCAGCAUGGACGCUGUGGUGGAGGCCGUCACCGUGCUGGAGAAUAACCCCUCCUUCAAUGCAGGAUGUGGGUCAGUGCUGAAUGUCAAAGGAGAGGUGGAGAUGGAUGCCAUGGUGAUGGACGGGAAAACACUGGCUAGUGGUGCCGUGUCUGCUGUACGAAACAUAGCCAACCCAACCAAGCUAGCAAGACUGGUUAUGGACAAGACGAGUCAUGCGUUUCUGACAGCAGAGGGGGCCAGUCAGUUCGCCCGGUCUAUGGGUGUCCCCGAGGUGCCCCUAGAGUCCCUCAUCACCGAGUACUCCCGCAUGCGCUGGAAAAAGAACCUGGCACCUGAGGCUAACCAUGUGGAGUGCCAAAUGGGGAAGAUGGGAACGGUUGGAGCAGUGGCGGUCGACAGCGAGGGCAACAUAGCCUGUGCGACCUCCACCGGUGGGAUGCUGAACAAGAUGGAGGGACGGGUGGGCGACACACCCUGCGUAGGGUGUGGAGGUUUCGCUGACAACCAGGUGGGAGCCGUGUCGACGACAGGCCACGGAGAAGCCAUCAUGAAGGUCACUCUGUCCAGACUCAUCCUGUUCCACAUGGAGCAAGGUCAGUCAGCGGAGGCUGCCAGUGAUCUAGGCCUGGCCUACAUGAAGUCCAGAGUGGAAGGUCUGGGUGGGGUGGUGACUGUGGACCCUCAGGGUCGCUGGGCCGCUCGCUUCUCCAGCCGGCAGAUGGCCUGGGCUGCAGCUCAGAAAGACACCCUGCACUAUGGCCUGUACACUGGAGAACACAUCACCCAGAGCAUCGAUGACCCACUCUGACAGGAAAUACUACACCUAUAGGUUUCAUAUUUUUAGACUAACAUUUCUUUUUUAAUUAAAAUUGGUGAAAAUAUUGUUAAUAUAGCCUAUACUUUAGGUGAUAUAAAACAUGAACAUGAAGAGAAUUUUUUUAUUUUAAAACACUGCAAUCAAGUGGAAGUUAUGAGGUCCAUUUAUAAUUUCCCCCAAAACUAUUUAACUAAUUAAAACUUUUAAUUAUUCUGUUUGUUGAAAUUUCAUCCAUCAUUACAGAGUAGUGAAAUUACCAUAUUUUAUUACAACAUUGCUAAAAAUCUUAGCCCAAUUUUCCUUUAUAUCUACGGAUGUAUUGACCUGAUCUGUGCAGAAUUAAGUUGGCACACAGAUCACAUGUAGUAGAUGAUUUAGUACAUUUCACCUUUGCAUCUUAGAUUUUUAUACUUCAGAAAAAUAUAGAAUUUCUACUAAUUAAAAAAGAAAAUUUAUAGGAAAUUGAUCAUGCACAAGCUUUUUUUUCCUUUGUAGCAGAAAGUAUUUUAAAAUCAAAUUAAAUACAAAUAUUUUUGUGUGUGAGAUUUUCAAAUGACUUAAUGACAAAAAAUAAGCUUCCUAUAAUUAAAGAGUUCGAGUUGUAGAUGAAAAAUCUAAACUGUGUGUUUCUCAUCUGAUCAUGUAUCCAUUUUGUGCAAUGAAAUACUUCUAAAAGUAAAAUUAAGAUUUCUCUGUAUAUUACUGUAACUUAAAUGUAAAAGGCAAAACGCUGCCAUCACUGCAACGUUUGAACCAGAGCUGGUAUUUGUGAAUCAGUAAUCAGGUGAUGACUGUCAGUGUUGAGGCUUUGUGUUAGGAAAACAUUGAUUCCUGACAAUAAACGCCUCUAAUCCCGGAG